AUGGUAAUUGUGAGGAUUAUCAUAGCCUUAGCUGCUGCAAAGCAGUGGCAAAAUUCAUCAGAUGGAUGUAAUGAUCACAAGAUGAUUUUAGAGACAAAUGGAAUUCUCAAAGACAGCUUCAAAAUCAAAGAUUUAGGUGAGUUGAGAUACUUCUUAGGGAUUGAAUUUGCCAGGAACAGUACUGGAAUCCUUAUGCAUCAGAGGAAGUAUUGUCUUGAACUAAUUUCAGACAUGGGAUUGUCAAGUUCGAAACCUGUUGGAGACCCUAUUAAGUUGAAUAAAAGGCUUACAACUACAGAAUUUGAGCUGCACUUUUCUCCUGCAAAUGAACAUGACAAAUUGUUGAAAGAUCCUGGAGUGUAUCGGAAACUGAUUGGAAGAUUACUUUAUCUGACAAUAACAAGGCCAUACGUUGCAUUUUCAGUGCAACUUCUAAGCCAAUUUAUGCAUAGUCCGAAGACAUCUCAUAUGGAUGCAUCAAUGAGAGUGGUUAGAUAUAUAAAACAAUCACCAGGUUUAGGGAUAUUCAUGACAAGUGUUGUUGAUAAUCAAUUGAGGGCCUAUUUUGAUGCAGAUUGGGCAUCAUGUCCAAACAAUAGGAAAUCAAUAACUGGUUACAUAGUUACUUAUGGAGAUUCACUGAUAUCUUGGAAGUUCAAGAACUAA